AUGAGGCGCAGGAGAAAGCGUGGAAGGAGGCCGUCGGUGAUGUGGAAGGCCGAUGGAGGACGAUGGAGGGUGAGCGCGGUAGAAUCGUUGGAGGCGGCGAUGAAGUACAGAGAGGAGAAGAGACCCUGUUCUUCAUUCUUGCAUAAUCCUAUUGCAACUGAUAUCAACUGGACAACUACUGAAUUACGGGAAAGCUGCUUACGCGAUAACAAAUCGUUCAAACGAAGCAUAGAAAGAAUCGUUGGACACGAUCAGGCCGAGUGUCGCUGGAUUCGAGGAAGCGAUGGGAAGAGAGUUGAUGAACGCGACGAGUCCGAGGUACACAGGAUUAAACGAUUAGCCUUUAAUCGUCGAACCAUAGAAUUGUCAGAGAGGCACCUGCGAAAUCUCGUCCCGACAAAAGAGUCACAGGGCCGCGCGCACUACACCGCCGAGGGGAGGGAAAUUGAAUUUUUCGCAAUGGCGUGGCUGUUCGAGGCGCAACUCGCAAGACGCGAACGCACACUAGAAAUUUUAUCGUUUCGUCGGGGUAUCAGUGGACCGUAUGAAGCUGAGAAAGCUACAUGGCCGCGCACCGUUAGCUAAACAGUGGGAUAACAUUUCUAGAGGGCUUGGAUUGCAUCUGGAAGCCCGGGACGUCAAUAAUGACGUGGACGUGCGUCCUACUCGUCAAUUAAACUCGAAAGAAUCCCUAAAUCAAUUGUCGGGGGGGAGAGAACUGAUUU